ACUAACGUUCAUCUGCCAUUCAAACCCACGGAUUUGCAACGAUUUAUUUUCAACAAAAGAACCUAUCCUGUAGUGUUUCGUCACUUCACAAAUACAUCACUGGCCAUCCAAGAAUCGGAUUAUGCUACCUCCGUAUCAAAAACUGCUUUAUCAUCUUAUGAUUUCUACCUGUCUAUCAAAAACUUAAACCCUAUGGAUUUGAGACGCAUUGCAAGUAAUGAUUCUUCCGUUCAAACUCUGACUGUGAACAAGACAACGUAUUCACUGGGAGAGGAUAUAAAAGUAGAGAUUAUUCUUUAUGACGGAUAUGGGAAACAACUCACACGAGGGGGAGAUAUCCUCCGUAUUUGGCUAAAAAGUGAAAUCAAGGACGCUAGUGUAAAUGGCUAUGUUGUCGAUCACAAAAACGGAUCAUAUACAGGCCACGUGUUGGCUUUAUGGACAGGUAAAUGUAUCAUUAAAGUGUCUAUAGCAGCAACUAGAGAGCAUAUUGCCAUUGUUCUUAAUUACAUUGAAAACCAUGGAUUAAUGCAUGAUAUGGACGCCGGAUUUAAAAACGAUGAAACUGCAGAACAAACAGCAUGCAGUGUGAAACCAAACGUAUUUGGGUCAAAAGAUGUGUGUAAUUUUACAGAAGAAAACUACGGACUGCACUGGUUUUGUGCUAAACCCAAAAUUCGUACACUAAAUUGCAAGGACUGGAAGUUUACUAAAGGCCAUCGUACCGACCAUUUAAGUAAUUCUGAGAGAACUAUUGCCAGGGUCCACAAGCAUAUGAUGUUAAAGCAAAGCCCCGCCAUAACGGUAACCGGAGCGGAAGAUUUUGUUCCUUCUCGGGAUGUACCAUGUUACAAAAGACCUAACAUUGAGACAUGGAAUGAGGAAUCCCCUGUCGGAUUUUACUACAAUGGCAAAUGGCACCAGAGAGGGUGUAAAAACACGUUCACACCUUCCAAGAUUUCAUAUGAGAAGUGCUUACGUGAUCAAUAUCUCUUUCUAAUCGGUGAUUCAAAUAUCCGUUCCUGGUUUGAUCACAUACAGAAAAUGAUUAAUAUGGUGUUACCGGAAAAUAAAAAGGGACAAACAAAAACGCGAUGGUUCAGCUUAAGGAAGGCUGUACGUCAAGAUUUAAAUUUCACGAUGUUGUGGGCUGUUCAUGAGCUGCCUUUCUAUACAGGAGAAAAUUCACCAAGGGAAAUGAUUAAGUCUGUUGCUUGGUACAUAGAUCGGAUUCCUUACAAGAAAAAGGCUACCAUUGUUCUACAUAAUAUGAUGCAUUUCGCUAGAACUACGCCAUUUGAAUUUCGCGAACAUAUUCGAGACGCCAAAUUUGCGAUUGGUAGAUUGUUUAAGCGUAUGCCGGAAGCAAGAGUGUUUGUGAAAGGUCCACACUCUGCAACAUUUAUAAAUAUGCUAAAACCGCUGGAUUUUAUUAGAAGAAUGCAUGAACAAUUAUUCUAUGAAGAGUUCAUGGAGUUUCAUAACAAGAUUACUUAUUUGAACGAGUGGGAUUUGACGACAUGUAUCGAAAACGUCAACGUUCAUCCUGAUCCGUCAACCAUUGACGACAUGAUUCAUAAAUUUAUGUCUUAUUUGUGUGAAGCUUAGAGUUAUUCUUUAAACAUUUGGUUCUCGUCUGGUAAUCAAUUUCGUAUGUCGGUUUACAUUUUUCCCCUUUUCUUUUGAUACACAUGUACAUUAUGUGUUUGAUACACAGCUACAUUUUAUGUUUGAUAAACAGGAACAAUUUGUUUUUGAUACACAGGUAUAUUUUGUUUUUGAUGCUCAUGUAGUUUUCGAUGCAUCGGUACAUGUACAUUUUGUUUUUGAUGCACAGGUAAAUUUUGAUUUCGAUACACAGGUACAUUGUGUUCUCGAUACACAGGUACAUUGUGUUAUCGAUACACAGGUAUAUUGUUUUCGAUACACAGGUACCUUUUGGUUUUGAUACACAGGUACCUUUUGUGUUCGAUACACAGGUACAUUUUGUUCGAGUUUAUAUUCUAUUCACCAUUGUUAAUGCUCUGUGACUCAUCCUUUUAAAAACAUUUUCUUCGAGUUGGUUUAUGUUAAGAUUUUCGUAACACAACUAAUGAACACUUUUAGAUGAUUAGUGCAUAUGAGCAUUCAUAGGCGACCUAAAGGCUGGCCUAUCUGAUAUUUGGUUCUCGUCUGGUAAUCAAUUUCGUAUGUCGGUUUACAUUUUUUCCCUUUUCUUUUGAUACACAGGUACAUUUUGUGUUUGAUGCACAGCUACAUUUUAUGUUUGAUAAAAAGGAACAAUUUGUUUUUGA